UCAUAAAUUUUACAGAACAGAACAUCAAGCCCAGUCUUUUUCGAAGACCAUUUGGAAAGAAAGUCGAGAUGCGUGAAGGGAAGAUCGAAGAAAUUCUCGUUUUAACAGAAGAAGAGGAGAACACGCCACUGUUUGUCUCUUCAAGGGCUAGACGCGAAGUGCAGAUAUUUGCAGGCCGAGUGGGCAUUCAAUGGAAAAUUCUGAGAUGCUUAUUUGCUUUCCUUUAUCCGAUUUCUCACGUGACCAUUAUCGUGUCUCUGAUAUCUUUUUUCGUCACAGCAUUCAGCUUCGCUAUCAACUGCGCGCUGGAAAUGACAUUUGAAAUGAUUUCUCCACAGGGAGACUCAUCUGCCCACCAGAACUUAUACACGUGUUGCUUGUUAAUGUUUCUAUGCUGUACCAUGCUUUUCGUCUGUCUCGUAUUCUCCUUGUUCUGGGAAAUCAUCAAAGUUGCGGUUGUAAAGAGCACUCUCAUAUUCCGAAAGGUCAAGGUGGUGGUUUUUCUCGCCAUCUUUAUGGGUUCAGGUAUUUACGCUGGGUGUGUUAGAACUAGUUUUGGUGUCAUGAUGACAUUGCUAAGCAGUUGCCUUGCAGUGUGUUGGUUCGCAGCUUUUAUCGUAGCAGUACUUGGUUCAAUUGGCUUGCUCGUGUUCUGUUACAGAGAGGAGAGCCACGAAGCGUACGCCAUGGUUCUUUUACCACUUUGUAUUCCGCUUGUUCUGUUUUCUAUUCUUGCCCCUAUUUCCUUUACUCUCGUUGAUGCGUCAACUGGCGCGGUUUGUUUUGCAUUUUUCUACCCAUUCCUGACAGCUUGCCUUAUAUUAUACAUCUGUUUCCGAGGCUCUAGAAAACCGAACGGGGAACAAUUUGUCAUGAAAAGACGUUUUGCUGUAUUCUUUACCGCUGCCUACCUUGCUGUGUUGAUUCUAAUGGUUACAUCUCGCGCAUAUAGCGAAAACAGUUGCAAUUUACCAUCAGUGAAUCACUUCAAGGCGAUAAAUUUUUCCAUCAGUAAGAAAUAUCAGCCAAAGUAUCCGAUCUGCGAUAAAACAUGGACCCCGUUACGACUGAACGUGGCCGAAAUAGCAUAUCUCUCGUUCGUCACCUACCAGACAAACUGGAACAGGCAGGAUCUAAGUAAGUCAAUUAACAGCUAUUUCCUCCAUCGAGAAGGUCAAUGGAAUGUUAGUUACAUGUCAGACGGAAAUCCCAGGUUUUAUCACUUAUUCGAGGCGACAAGGAAAGUUCAUAUCAUCGGUAUACGAGGAAGUGUGUCUGCAGGAGAAUGGUUUGAAUACCUCAAGUUGUGGAGUGAGGUAAUUAGUUACCAGCUCACCUCUGAGGCUCUCCCGGUGCAAAGGUUCCCAUUGAGUUUCGUGACGUCAUACGUGUCUGCUUCGUCUUUUCUGGAAAGGAUUUUGCAUCACAACCGCCCAGACUAUUCUCUCGAGUCAAUCGAGUCGUACAUCAAAAGGGAGAAUCUAAAAUCCAAAGGUAUCGUUCUUCUUACUGGACAUUCCUUUGGUGGCGGCUUAGCAAAGAUUAUAGGGAGCCGUCAGCAGAUUCAAGCGGUGUCUUUCUCAAGCCCCGGUGAAGUGUACAUCAGUAAAAAAUUGGACUUCAGUCUAGAAGACUUGCAGCGUUACGCUACAUCCGUAGUGUUACGAGAUGAUUUGGUCACGUGGGUUGACCACCACGGUGGAUUGGUCCAGUAUAUCAGUCGUAACGCAAAUCAGCAUGUCUCGUGUCACGCUGUUAACAUUUAUUGCGAACUGAAGAGAAGUUGCGGCUUUCAAACUCCCAUUCCUUGCUAAACUCAGUGAAAAAAAUGGAGUCAAAAACGCGAGUUCUCUUCCAGUUAUCUUGUAGCCUGUGAGCAUGAGCAAGCCUCUCCUUGUACCCAGACCUUUCACGGCCGAGUGGAUGUAAGUAACGUUGAUACGGAGGGGUCUAGGUACAAGAUUAGCUUCAGCACUCACGUUUCUUCGCCCGCAGCAAAGUAUAUAUGCGGCUUUGAGAAACGCGAGUCAGGCCAGAUGACUGCAAGGGGUCUGGUAGGGAUGAGGAAAGCCCUCGUAACUAGUGCCAGACUCCCGCCAAACUUCUCCGUGGCUCGCCUCAAAUCUUCUCGCGGUCGAAAAGACGUGCGUCCUGCAGCUGUGAAGAGGGGAACCGUUUCCACCUCAUAUUUUCAACACUUGACGGAAAAUAGGGCGAAAAUCUGAUCCCAUUUAGGGCCUGUAUGGAUGAUUUAACCGACUAAAAAGGCGUGGAAAUGAACACUUUUUUAUUUCUUGGUUAAGAACACUAUGUUAGCAAACGGGAACUGAUAUCAUUUGAAAGUUUUUGAGAGGAGUUUACCGAUUUUCUCUUCUAGAAAGCAUCACUUACGGUUGUGGCUUAGAUGUUUAGAUUCACUUAUCCACAGAUUUCCACAAAAGUAGAUUUCAGUUACUCAUGAUCCCAAUUGGAGACAUGUUAAUUUUUCUUUUAAGUCACUAAGAAUAACCAGAUUUUUUAAAAAGAGCUAUUGUCUCAGAAAGGUGCGGGAAAUUAAGAUUUUUCCAUGUUAAACAAGUUAAUUUAAGCUCCUCCCAUAGGAGCUUUUAAGCCACAAUGCAGACUUGAACCCUGGACCCUAACAACUCGGCUACACCGCCUCCUCUCACACCCUAGCAUCCAUAUCCCUUUUUUUCCACCCUGUCCUUUAUACAUUACCUACUGUGCUGACAAUGAAAAUUUGUUUAACAAUCAGGAGCCUUUUAAGAUGGUGACCAUUUUGUUUAUUCUCGUGACCUUGGCGUUAGUUUCAGGGGGGGGGGGACAUUGCAUGAAGAAAAACUUGAUGCUCGACACUCUUGGUGGUGAAAGAGUUUAAGAGGUUUCGCAAGGCAUACUUUUAUUAGCAAAGAUCAAUACGUUCCUUGUUCUAAAUUGACAAAUGUACUUUCCUGCUUUUCA